AUCUAUUAAAGUUUUUCUUCUUCAUCUUCUUCAACAAGUUAAAUUAAUUUUCAAGUCUUUAUUUAUUUUGAGUUAAACGGAGAGAUCCUUACAGCACAAACAAAAAAAAGAUGAGAAUCACAGUAAUGACAGCCGAUGAACAGAUUAUAUCGCUCGACGUGGAUCCUCAAGAAUCUGUUGAGAACGUGAAAGCUCUGCUCGAAGUUGAGACACAAGUGCCACUUCAGCAACAGCAGUUGUUAUAUAAUGGGAAGGAAAUUAGAAAUCAUGAGAAAUUGAGUGCAUUGGGCGUUAAAGAUGAGGACUUGUUGAUGAUGGUAUCCGCCGCCGCCGCUGCAUCAAGUGCAACAUCAAACGAUUUGGGAUUUAAUCCUGAUGGAUCCGCAGUAAAUCCUAGGGCAUUCCAACAACAUGUUCAAAAUGAUUCUAAUGUGAUGAGUCAGCUAUUUCAGACUGAUCCAGAAUUGGCGCAAGCUAUUCUUGGAAAUGACCUGAACAAAUUGCAGGACCUCUUAAGGCAAAGAAAUCGCCAAAGAUCUGACUUGCGACGCCAACAAGAGGAGGAAUUUGCCCUUCUUGAAGCAGAUCCUUUUGAUGUUGAGGCACAAAAGAAAAUUGAAGCUGCCAUUCGCCAGAAAGGAAUCGAUGAGAACUGGGCAGCUGCCUUGGAGCACAACCCUGAAGCUUUUGCUAGGGUGGUUAUGUUGUAUGUUGACAUGGAAGUUAACGGCGUGCCUUUAAAGGCAUUUGUUGACAGUGGUGCUCAGUCUACGAUAAUAUCAAAAAGCUGUGCUGAACGAUGUGGAUUGCUUAGGCUUUUGGAUCAGCGUUACAGAGGCAUAGCUCGAGGAGUAGGUCAAUCUGAGAUAUUGGGUCGGAUACAUGUAGCUCCAAUAAAGAUUGGGAGUCAAUUUUAUCCGUGCUCCUUUUUGGUGCUAGAUUCCCCCAAUAUGGAAUUUCUUUUUGGGCUUGAUAUGCUUCGCAAGCACCAGUGCAUAAUUGAUGUGAAAGAGAAUCUUUUGAAAGUUGCCGGUGGAGAGGUUUCUGUACCAUUUUUGCAAGAAAAGGACAUUCCGUCUCAUUAUUUGGAUGAAGAAAUCCACAAAGAAGCAUCCAGCUCUGGAAAUCCAGUGAUAUCAGGAACAACGGAUAAGAAGAAUAAUGUACCCUUAGGAGGUCAAUCUCCUGCAGCUGGACAUGGUAAUGCAGCACAGGGAGCUGAAUUUGAAGCAAAAGUUUCAAAGCUAGUUGAGCUAGGAUUUGGAAGGGAUGCAGUCACGCAAGCUCUAAGAUUAUUCGACGGCAAUGAAGAACAGGCUGCUGGAUUUCUGUUCGGUGGUUGACGUUGACCACACUUAUAUAAUAUUGAAAAGCUCAUUCAUUGUGGGAACAAUAUUGAAUUCAGUUAAAAGUUUACAAAUUCAUAAUUUAUGUACCCAUUCUGCAAACAAUUUAUUUUGCAGUCCAAUGGGGAAAGUAAAUCAAAAAGUUCCCAUCUUUUGUUUUUUUCCUUUAAACAUUUUUCUAUAUAAUUCUGAGAUUUAUCUAACAGUUAACAUAAUUAAAUGGUGAUUUCUUUGUUA